AUGGCCGAGAACGACUCUUUCCUCCAUCUCGCGCGUCCCCUCGGCCCUGCGCCUCUGGGUGCCCAGCCAUCGACUGCCCCGCUGAACGUCGCCAUCCAGCCCCAGGCCGUCUUCUCAAUCCUCGACCACGCCCUCCGCCGCCCCGCCGACCAGGAACGCGUCAUUGGUACCCUUCUCGGCACCCGCAGCGAAGACGGCACUGAGAUUGAGAUCCGCAACUGCUAUGCUGUCCCCCACACCGAGACGGCCGAGCAGGUCGAGGUCGACAUGGACUACCAAAAGCAAAUGCUUGCUCUUCACCUCCGCGCCAACCCCCGCGAAGUCCUCGUCGGCUGGUACGCAACCAGCAGCGACCUCAACACCUUCUCUGCUCUCAUCCAGAACUUCUACAGCCAGCAGGGCGACGGAACAUGGCCACACCCCGCUGUCCACCUGACUGUCUCAACUGUUCCCGGCCAGGAUAUCGAGUCCAAGACAUACAUCUCGGCACCCAUUGGCGUCACUGCCGAGCGCGCAGCCGACUCUUGCCUGUUCAUCCCAGUGCCCCACGAGAUCAAGUACGGCGAGGCCGAGAGGUCGGGUCUGGAGCUCAUCUCAUCCGCAAAGGACAGCGAGGACCGGUCACAAGAGGUUAUGACCGACCUGGAUUCAUUGGAGCGCGCCAUCCAACAUGUUCUUGACAUGCUUGAGCGCGUGUCCACCUACGUUAACAAUGUUUUGGACGAAGAGGCCGAGCCUUCAUCCGCACUGGGCCAGUUCCUGAUGAACGCACUCAGCUUAGCACCCAAGGUUGAGCCUGCUGACAUUGAGCGCGACUUCAACGCACACAUCCAGGAUGUCCUUGUGGUAUCAUACCUCGCAAACACAAUCCGCACACAAAUCGACCUCUCCAACCGCCUGGCAACAGCAGCGCUGACCAUGGGUGGUGGUGAUGUUCUUGGCGGCGAAGGCAAGAAAGAUGGCGAAAACAGAGGCAAGGGAGGUGACCGACGAGGCGGAGGCAAGGGCAGGCAGCAGAGGGAACAAGAGGCAUGA